AUGGGUGUGCCCCUGCACCGGCUGAAGGACAUACGGCUUCUGUAUGGAGAAUCCCCCUGGGGAGUGACCCCCAUUUCUUUUGAGACCCCUCUGAGUCCUCCCAUUGCCCGAGGUCACGUCAUUGCAGCCAGGAUCACCAGUGAAAACCCAGAUGAGGGUUUUAAGCCAAGCUCGGGGACAGUCCAGGAGCUGAACUUCCGCAGCAACAAGAACGUUUGGGGCUACUUCAGCGUAGCGGCUGCUGGAGGAUUGCAUGAGUUCGCAGAUUCCCAGUUCGGGCACUGCUUCUCCUGGGGCGAGAACCGUGAAGAGGCCAUUUCCAACAUGGUAGUGGCUUUAAAGGAACUGUCCAUCCGGGGUGACUUCCGGACCACUGUGGAAUAUCUCGUGAACCUUCUGGAGACCGAGAGCUUCCAGAACAACGACAUCGACACAGGGUGGCUGGACCACCUCAUCGCUGAGCGGGUACAGGCAGAGAAGCCGGACAUCAUGCUCGGGGUGGUGUGUGGGGCCUUGAACGUGGCAGAUGCAAUGUUCAGAACCUGCAUGACGGAUUUCUUGCACUCCUUGGAAAGGGGUCAGGUCCUCCCGGCUGAUUCUCUGCUGAACAUUGUGGAUGUUGAGUUGAUUUACGGAGGCGUCAAGUACAUUCUCAAGGUGGCCCGGCAGUCCCUGACUGUGUUCAUUCUUAUCAUGAAUGACUGCCACAUCGAGAUUGAUGCCCACCGGCUGAACGAUGGGGGGUUGCUCCUGUCCUACAAUGGCAGCAGUUACACUACGUACAUGAAGGAGGAAGUGGACAGUUACCGGAUCACUAUUGGCAAUAAGACGUGCGUAUUUGAGAAGGAGAAUGACCCCACGGUCCUGAGGGCUCCCUCGGCUGGGAAGCUGACCCAGUACACGGUGGAGGAUGGAGACCACGUGGAAGCUGGGAGUAGCUACGCCGAGAUGGAGGUGAUGAAGAUGAUCAUGGCCCUGAACGUGCAGGAGAGUGGCCGGGUGAGGUACGUCAAGCGUCCAGGGGUCGUGCUGGAGGCCGGCUGCGUGGUGGCGAGGCUCGAACUCGAUGACCCUUCCAAAGUGCACGCGGCACAGCCAUUCACAGGAGAGCUCCCUACCCAGCAGACCCUGCCCAUCCUCGGGGAGAAGCUGCAUCAGGUGUUCCACAGCGUCUUAGAAAAUCUGACCAAUGUCAUGAGUGGUUACUGCCUGCCCGAGCCGAUCUUCAGCGUAAAGCUGAAGGAGUGGGUCCAGAAGCUCAUGAUGACGCUCCGGCACCCAACCCUACCUCUCCUGUAGCUCCAGGAGAUCAUGACGAGUGUGGCGGGCCGCAUCCCAGCACCCGUGGAGAAGGCAGUCCGCAGGGUGAUGGCCCAGUAUGCCAGCAACAUCACUUCCGUGUUAUGCCAGUUCCCCAGCCAACAGAUAGCCACCAUCCUGGACUGCCAUGCAGCCACCUUGCAGCGGAAGGCGGACCGUGAGGUCUUCUUCAUGAACACGCAAAGUAUCGUGCAGCUGGUCCAGAGGUACCGCAGCGGGACCCGUGGCUACAUGAAGGCUGUGGUGCUGGACCUCCUACGGCGGUAUCUGAACGUGGAGCAUCAUUUUCAGCAAGCCCACUAUGACAAGUGUGUGAUCAACUUGAGGGAGCAGUUCAAGCCAGACAUGACCCAGGUGCUGGACUGCAUCUUCUCACACGCACAGGUGGCCAAGAAGAACCAGCUGGUGAUCAUGUUGAUAGAUGAGCUCUGUGGCCCAGACCCUGCCCUGUCAGACGAGCUGACCUCCAUCCUCAACGAGCUCACGCAGCUGAGCAGGACCGAGCACUGCAAAGUGGCCCUCAGAUCCAGGCAGGUCCUGAUCGCCUCCCACCUCCCCUCCUACGAGCUGCGGCACAACCAGGUGGAAUCCAUCUUCCUGUCUGCCAUCGACAUGUAUGGCCACCAGUUCUGCCCAGAAAACCUCAAGAAAUUAAUACUUUCGGAAACAACUAUAUUUGACGUCCUGCCAACUUUCUUCUACCACGAUAACAAGGUCGUCUGUAUGGCGUCACUGGAGGUGUAUGUGCGGAGAGGCUACAUCGCCUACGAGUUGAACAGCCUGCAGCACCGGGAGCUCCCAGACGGCACCUGCGUGGUGGAGUUCCAGUUCAUGCUGCCAUCCUCCCACCCCAACCGGAUGGCCAUGCCCAUCAGCAUCUCUAACCCCGACCUGCUCAGGCACAGUACAGAACUCUUCAUGGACAGUGGUUUCUCUCCACUGUGCCAGCGCAUGGGGGCCAUGGUCGCCUUCAGGAGAUUUGAAGAGUUCACCAGGAACUUUGAUGAAGUUAUCUCCUGCUUUGCCAACGUGCCGACAGACACCCCCCUCUUCAGUAAGGCCCGCACCUCCCUGUACUCUGAGGACGAUGGUAAGAACUUUCGAGAGGAGCCCAUCCACAUCCUGAAUGUGGCCAUCCAGUGCGCCGACCACCUGGAGGACGAGGCGCUGGUGCCGAUUUUCCGUACCUUUGUACAGUCCAAGAAACACAUCCUUGUGGAUUAUGGACUCCGAAGAAUCACAUUCCUUAUUGCCCAAGAGAGAGAAUUCCCCAAGUUCUUCACGUUCAGAGCGAGAGACGAGUUUGCAGAGGACCGGAUUUAUCGCCACUUGGAGCCCGCCCUGGCUUUCCAGCUGGAGCUGAGCCGGAUGCGUAACUUUGACUUGACCGCUGUGCCCUGUGCCAACCAUAAGAUGCAUCUUUACCUGGGUGCCGCCAAGGUGAGGGAAGGGCUGGAGGUGACCGACCACAGGUUCUUCAUCCGCGCCAUCAUCCGGCACUCGGACCUGAUCACCAAGGAAGCCUCCUUCGAGUACCUGCAGAACGAGGGUGAGCGGCUGCUCCUGGAAGCCAUGGACGAGCUGGAGGUGGCGUUCAACAACACCAGCGUACGCACCGACUGCAACCACAUCUUCCUCAACUUCGUGCCCACUGUCAUCAUGGACCCGCUCAAGAUUGAGGAGUCGGUGCGGGACAUGGUCAUGCGCUACGGCAGCCGGCUGUGGAAGCUCCGUGUGCUGCAGGCGGAGGUCAAGAUCAACAUCCACCAGACGACCACGGGCAGCGCUAUCCCCAUCCGCCUGUUCAUCACCAACGAGUCCGGUUACUACCUGGACAUCAGCGUCUACAAAGAAGUGACCGACUCCAGAUCCGGAAACAUCAUGUUUCACUCCUUUGGCAACAAGCAAGGAAGCCUGCACGGGAUGCUGAUCAACACGCCGUACGUCACCAAGGACCUGCUCCAGGCCAAGCGGUUCCAGGCGCAGUCCCUGGGGACCACCUACGUGUACGACUUCCCGGAGAUGUUCAGGCAGGCUCUCUUUAAACUGUGGGGCUCCCCAGAGAAGUACCCCAAAGAUAUUCUGACAUACACAGAGCUGGUGCUGGACUCCCAGGACCAGCUGGUGGAGAUGAACCGGCUUCCUGGUGGGAAUGAGGUGGGCAUGGUGGCCUUCAAAAUGAGGUUUAAGACCCCGGAGUAUCCAGAAGGGCGGGACGUCGUGGUCAUCAGCAAUGACAUCACCUUCCAAAUCGGCUCUUUCGGCAUACAGGAAGACUUCCUGUAUCUGCGGGCAUCUGAGAUGGCCCGGGCAGAGGGCAUUCCCCAAAUCUUCCUGGCAGCUAACAGUGGGGCCCGUAUGGGCCUGGCUGAGGAGAUCAAACAGCUGUUCCAAGUGGCUUGGGUGGACCCCGAAGAUCCCCACAAAGGAUUUAGAUACCUGUACCUGACGCCCCAAGACUACACCCAAAUCAGCGCCCAGAACUCCGUGCACUGCAAGCAUAUUGAGGAUGGAGGUGAAUCCAGAUAUGUCAUCUUGGAUGUCAUAGGGAACAGUGACAGCCUGGGCGUGGAGAACCUGAGGGGCUCAGGCAUGAUCGCAGGAGAGGCCUCCCUGGCUUACGAAAAAAUUGUCACCAUCAGCAUGGUGACCUGCCGUGCCCUAGGAAUCGGGGCCUACUUGGUGAGGCUUGGCCAGCGGGUGAUCCAAGUGGAAAACUCCCACAUCAUCCUCACCGGAGCCAGUGCUCUCAACAAGGUCCUGGGAAGAGAGGUCUACACGUCCAACAACCAGCUGGGGGGUGUGCAGAUCAUGCACACUAACGGGGUCUCCCACGUCACAGUGCCAGACGACUUCGAGGGGGUCUGUACCAUUCUGGAAUGGCUGUCCUAUAUACCAAAGGACAAUCGAAGCCCAGUUCCCAUCCUCACUCCUACUGACCCCAUCGACAGGGAAAUUGAAUUCGUCCCAUCCAAAGUUCCCUACGACCCCAGGUGGAUGCUUGCAGGGAGGCCUCACCCGACUCUGAAGGGCUCCUGGCAGAGCGGAUUCUUCGACCACGGCAGUUUCAUGGAAAUCAUGGCACCCUGGGCUCAGACCGUGGUAACUGGACGAGCAAGGUUGGGGGGCAUCCCCGUGGGGGUGAUUGCUGUGGAGACUCGGACCGUGGAGGUGGCUGUCCCUGCUGACCCUGCCAACCUGGAUUCUGAGGCCAAGAUCAUCCAGCAGGCGGGCCAGGUGUGGUUCCCGGACUCCGCCUACAAGACGGCCCAGGUCAUCAGGGACUUCAACCGGGAACACCUGCCCCUCAUGAUCUUUGCCAACUGGAGAGGCUUCUCCGGUGGCAUGAAGGACAUGUAUGAGCAGAUUCUGAAGUUUGGCGCCUACAUCGUGGAUGGCCUCCGGCAGUAUGAGCAACCCAUCCUCAUAUACAUCCCACCCUGUGCCGAGCUCCGUGGGGGCUCAUGGGUGGUCCUCGACUCCACCAUCAACCCCCUGUGCAUAGAGAUGUAUGCAGACAAAGAAAGCAGGGGGGGUGUUCUGGAGCCAGAGGGCACUGUGGAGAUUAAGUUCCGGAAGAAAGAUCUGGUGAAGACCAUGAGAAGGAUAGACCCAGUGUGCAAGAAGCUCCUGGGACAGCUGGGCACAGCCCAGCUCCCUGACAAGGACCGCAAGGAGCUGGAGGUCCAGCUGAAGGCCCGAGAGGACCUGCUGUUUCCCAUCUACCACCAGGUGGCAGUCCAAUUCGCCGACCUGCACGACACACCCGGCCACAUGCUGGAGAAGGGAAUCAUCUCUGACGUGCUGGAGUGGAAGACUGCACGCACCUUCCUCUACUGGAGGCUGCGCCGGCUGCUGCUGGAAGCCCAGGUGAAGCAAGAGAUUCUCCAAGCCAUCCCUGAGCUGAGCCAUGAGCACACACAGUCCAUGCUGCGACGCUGGUUUGUGGAGACCGAGGGACCCGUCAAGGCCUACCUGUGGGACAGCAACCAGGUGGUGGUCCAGUGGUUGGAACAGCACUUGUCAGCCAGGGAUGGCCUGCGCUCCACCAUCCGUGAGAACAUCAGUUACCUGAAGAGGGACUCUGUCCUCAAGACCAUCCAAAGUCUGGUGCAGGAAAACCCAGAAGUGACCAUGGACUGUGUGGCCUACCUGAGCCAGCACCUCAGCCCGGCUGAGCGGAUACAGGUGGCUCAGCUACUGUCGACCACAGAGACCCCGGCUUCCCCCUGAGCAACCCAGGACCCUGGACCACGGGAAUGGCUGUGUGGAAGGCCUUUGCAGGACCCUGGGGCUUGUUUUGGGAAAAUUCACAAAGCACUCUGUGAAUUGCAGUUCAUAACCAGCGUCUCCCUGGACAAAAGGCCCCUGCACCCCUGCCAGGCGGUCAUAGCCUCCCUUCACCCGGGGACGCCAGGGUUCAGUGGAUAACUCUGCUGCAUCUCUGAGGUGAACUGAACCGAGCACCCCAAGUUCCUCGUGUUUUGCCUGGAAUGGGGAUCCAGGGUCUCACUGUCUGAUCUCAACACACUUGCACAUUGGUUUACACUCAGCAGCUGUGUCCUUCAGCCGAAUAAACAGGCCAAAGACAACACACCAGAUGAGACCCAAGAAAGGGUCUUAUCAGACAGGGGCAAAAAUUAUCUUUUUUUUGUUCAAUUAAGAGAAUAAAACAACAUUUUGUCCUUCAAGUGGCCUUGGUGGGACAGGAAGACCAUCUUAUGGACAAGCUGUCUCCAAAGGUAAAGGGACAAAUGAAUAGGAUGCUUGGCAUCCAGCAGAGCUGGAGGAGUCUUACUUCCUCAGCCCCCAGGGCUCUGUAAGCCUUUUCUUCCCUAGCAGAGCAAGGACUGGACCCCACAUCAUGCCUCCUGCAGAUUGGCCACCCAUAUGGUACCAAGUACCCUCCUGCCUGAGCGCAGAGAAGCUGCCCUAAACAUGGUGCCCCUAACCAAUACACUUCCUCACCUUGUGCCUUGAUACGAUGGCGGGAGCCAACAGCUCUGGACUGGUAACCUGGGACUGUGCUGCAAGCACUCUGGAUUUGCUCAUGAAGACUUUUCCAGGACCUGCAGGCCCAGCCGCGUCAGGGUCUGAAUGAGAUAUUCUGUGCCAGUGACAGGCUGGGGAAGUUGCCUGCCACCUGCUGUCCUUGUGGGCAGUGUCUGAAGACAUUAUCACUCCAGACUGAGGCCAGAGUCACCCAGGGAACCGUCUGCAAGCCAGGAAGGAUACUUGAGGUGCCCCAGAUUAAAACAGGUCUAGCCAUCGGCCAGUGACAGCCCUAGCAGCUGAGAAGGGGGUUGGGAGGAGUGGAGAAACAUGGCCUGUUGCUUCCAUUUGGGGGGAUGAAGGGUUCUUCUGGGCAAGGUCCUCUGGGUGUUUGGGGGAAAGCCCAGACUGUGACUAGCUGCUGCCCUGACCAUCAGCGUAAGCUGAAGAGGCUGCUGGGAGAG